GAAACGUCAUGUUGUAUGUUUUCAGGACUGAGCCUCAAUAUCGGCAACAUAACUAUUAAAAAAGGAAUUCCAUCAAGACAGCCUGCUCAGGAAACGGCAGGACUGAGCCUCAACAUCGGCAACAUGACUAUUAAAAAUGGAAUUCCAUCAAGACAGUCUGCUCAGGAAACGACAGGACUGAGCCUCAACAUCGGCAACAUAACUAUUAAAAAUGGAAUUCCAUCAAGACAGUCUGCUCAGGAAACGGCAGGACUGAGCCUCAACAUCGGCAACAUGACUAUUAAAAAUGGAAUUCCAUCAAGACAGUCUGCUCAGGAAACGACAGGACUGAGCCUCAACAUCGGCAACAUAACUAUUAAAAAUGGAAUUCCAUCAAGACAGUCUGCUCAGGAAACGGCAGGACUGAGCCUCAACAUCGGCAACAUGACUAUUAAAAAUGGAAUUCCAUCAAGACAGUCUGCUCAGGAAACGACAGGACUGAGCCUCAACAUCGGCAACAUAACUAUUAAAAAUGGAAUUCCAUCAAGACAGUCUGCUCAGGAAACGGCAGGACUGAGCCUCAACAUCGGCAACAUGACUAUUAAAAAUGGAAUUCCAUCAAGACAGUCUGCUCAGGAAACGACAGGACUGAGCCUCAACAUCGGCAACAUGACUAUUAAAAAUGGAAUUCCAUCAAGACAGUCUGCUCAGGAAACGACAGGAAUGAGCCUCAACAUCGGCAACAUGACUAUUAAAAAUGGAAUUCCAUCAAGACAGUCUGCUCAGGAAACGACAGGACUGAGCCUCAACAUCGGCAACAUGACUAUUAAAAAUGGAAUUCCAUCAAGACAGUCUGCUCAGGAAACGACAGGACUGAGCCUCAACAUCGGCAACAUGACUGUUAAAAAUGGAAUUCCAUCAAGACAGUCUGCUCAGGAAACGACAGGACUGAGCCUCAACAUCGGCAACAUGACUAUUAAAAAUGGAAUUCCAUCAAGACAGUCUGCUCAGGAAACGACAGGACUGAGCCUCAACAUCGGCAACAUGACUAUUAAAAAUGGAAUUCCAUCAAGACAGUCAGCUCAGGAAAAGGCAGCUGUUGCUGGUCCAGGGCCAUACAAGAUGGAUGCGGUUCCAAGAGGACUGAGCCUCAACAUCGGCAACAUGACUAUUAAAAAUGGAAUUCCAUCAAGACAGUCAGCUCAGGAAAAGGCAGCUGUUGCUGGUCCAGGGCCAUACAAGAUGGAUGCGGUUCCAAGAGGACUGUGCCUCAUUAUCAACAACACAAUUCCAUCAAGACACUCGUGUCAAGAAACAGCAGAACCAUUGGUGGAGUUAUUCAAAAAGUUUGAUUUCAAGACAUUUUACUUGAAAGACAAGUCGGCAGAUGACAUGAUGAAAGCAAUUCGCUUAGUGGCAGGGAAGGAUCACAGUCUGUACGACUGUUUUGUCUGCUUUGUGCAGACACAUGGUGCUUAUGAUGUUCUAUACGGUUCAGAUGGGAAGAAGGUACAACUGAAGGACUUCAUCAGCGCUGUUAGUGAUAAACACUGUCCAACGCUUGCAGGGAAACCGAAGUUGUUCUUUGUGGACUCUUGCCGAACAGGGGAUCCCAUAAAAGCCGCAUUGAAAUCAGCGUCAGAGUUUUUGUCAAACACCGAUGAAGAUGAUGAACUUCUGGAUUAUUUUGUGGGCUAUUCUACACAGGAGUACGAGAAAGCCUAUAGGAAUAACGAGUCCGGGGAUAUCUACACCCAAGAGUUCAUUAGUGUCAUGAAGGACCUGGGCAAGAGGGAGGAUCUGUUGGGCAUCAUGGCGAAGGUGAAAGAGAAUGUCAGCAAACGUGGUGUCUAUGACCGAGAAGGAGUGAAGAGAAAGCAGAUUCCUGACAUGUGUAUGAAACUGAAGAAAAAGGUUUACUUUUAAUGGUUGGCAUUGUUACACGAGAACCUUAUCAGUGCAAGGAUGAGCAACCGUUGAAAUCUUGAAAUAAC